GCUGUGGCUGGCCAGGGUCAAGCUGGCACGACUCAACACUCAAGACAUCAGAGACAUGGAGCUGAAAAGCAGCACCAGCAGCAGCCCACCUGAUGGAAGCCUGCUGCACCGAGCCUGGUGGCUGAUGUCUCAGGCAGCGAGGGGCGUGGCCGUCUCCCUCUCCACCUCCCUCUCGCUGGGCGUCUUCUUCCUGCAGUUCCUGGAGUGGUGGUACUCGUCGGACAACCAGAGCGCGGUGAAGACCCUCACCUCCCUGCCCGCCCCUCCGCCGCCGCUCCACCUGCAGGAGGAUCGCGGAGAGGAAGCCGACUGCACGAGCUGUCCGCUGUGCCGGAAGCCCCGCGCCAACGCCACGGUGUUGUCCACCUCCGGCUACGUCUUCUGCUACCGCUGCAUCUACACGUAUGUGAAGGCCAACCGCCGCUGCCCGGUCACCGGAUAUCCCACCGAGCUGCAGCACCUCAUCAAGAUCUACUCGCCGGAGAGCUGAGCCACGUCAAGUUCAGCCGCAGCAUGUUUGGACCUUUCAGAAAACAGUGGCCUUGUUUUUACUGGUGUCCUCUGCAGCCGGGACCCUGUUCAACCCAAGUGCUUGCCUUCUUGUAAAUAAUGAAGUUUAUAAUGUACUGAAGAGUUUUUGACUAAUUAUGCAGCAAUACAAGCUGAUGUAGAUGCUACUUUCUUCUUCAGCGUCUGUGACACUGGAAACUAACACGUUCAGUAAUAAACAAUUCCCUCAGUGGUGA